AUAGAGCGCCACCUACAGUCGAGAUUUUACCAAUAACAACAACAACCAACUAGCUGAGCGCAGAGAAUCCAUACCAAAGUCUAGAUAAAGCAGGAUUGAUAAAGGUCAUCAUGCGUUCGCUGAUAAGGCUCACAUUUCCUCUGGCAAGACACUACUGCAAUCGUAGCAUCCCAUACAAGACUGAUGCCACUCACUCGGGCGUCAACCUCACAGAGACCACGCCUAGUUACCGCGUGGACCAGUCUUCUGCCCUCACCGACACCUCGGUCAAACACUCAGUUUUCAACGAACAACGAGUCAGGGUUCAACUACGUCAGCUUGGAGAUGGAAGCGUUGAUCUGGUCAAAGACGACGAGACGGGGAUAGCGAGGAUUGUUCUGAAUAAUCCUAGCAAAGGAAACGCCCUAUCAGGAAAAAUGAUGGUGGACUUCUCAGAUGUCAUCGAUGACCUGGAAGUGUGGGAGCAUGGCAAGGGUUUCAUUCUCCACGGCAACGAAGAGAGUGACCAUUUCUGCAGUGGUGGUGACCUAUCCGUCUUGUGCGGCUUGGAUAAACCUGAAGCCGGGGGAAUGAUGUGCCUCUUCAUGCAGAGCACCCUGGGAAGAUUGCGACACCUCCCGCUUAUCAGUGUCGCACAUGUUCACGGGCAAGCGGUAGGGGGCGGAGCUGAGCUCUCGACGGCGUGCGACUUCCGCCUGUGGACGGAAACCACGCAGCUCCAGUUCAAGCAGGCCAUGUUGGGACUCUCCCCCGGGUGGGGCGGCGGUUCGCGGCUGGUGCGCCUCGUUGGACCGCAGAAGGCGCUGCAGCUUCUCGCGGGUUGCCGAACGGUGACAGCUACAGAAGCGCUGGAGAUGGGCCUCGCCGAUGACGUCUUGCCAAGUAGCAGCGAUAGUGUGCAACAUGCUGUUGAGUGGUUAAGUCAAUACACACGUGCAUCUGUAGACAUAGUAAACGGCAUCAAGGAACUCGUGCUCGCAGCCUCUCACCUACCUCUGGACAAAGCAUUAAAGGUUGAGCGUGAGAUAUUCACCAGUCGCUGGUGCAGCCCAGAGCAUGUAGAAAAAUUCAAGAAUGUUUUAGAGAAAUUACAGAAAUAAGCCUGUUGACCAACUCAAUGCAUGUGGAAACCAAGUAAUAUGGAUAAAAAUUUGAGAUUAUAAUGAUUUCAGUUUGGUUGCUUUCUGAAUUAACAUCGUAGGCUGCAAUAUCCUUUCAAAUAUGUAUUUAUUUAUGUAUGUUAUUGUCUUCCUUGUAAUGGAACAGGUGUGUUGAAACAUUUUUCUUGCAUCUAGACUGCUAAAUGAUAGAAUACUUACAGUAGUGACUGAGACAAAGAAAAGAUUUAUUGUGUCUUGCACUGUUUGACUGAAGUGAGUAUUAAAAUGAACUUAAAGUGUAACAAUCAUCUAAAAAACUAAACAGAGUACAGCUAGAAUGUAUAAAUCAACCUCAAAAACCUUGCAAAGCAUUCUAUGGGCUAACAGAUAAGGAGUAUGAAACAAAUGAAGUUUAGGAUAAUAUAGCUCGCAUGGAACCUAAUACUGACUUGGGCUUCGUGUUGGCCCUAUUAUAUGAAAGUGCAUGUGGGUGCGUGGCUGUCCAAAAGUCUUACAAGUUGUUUUUAUGUUAAUUGAAAGUGCAUUUCAACUUGCAAAAUCUCUUUACAGAAGUAAUAUUUGAAGCUCAUAUUGUGAAUAUAGUUUUAUUUUGUGAAAUUACGAACGCACAGAACAAAUUAUUUGUUGAUGCAUGAGCCCUAGGCACAAACGAAAAUAGAAUUUGGGGGUCCAGGCUAAGAUGUUGGCUGCCCAUGUGUCGGGGGCGCCUGUACAUGUAAGUGUUGAACUCUGCUUUUAUAAUGAAUGUGACAUUGUGCCAAAUCUUCUGAUGUUUUUGUUGUCUAGAAGCUGAGAAUGAUUUUAACAGAACAAGAAGUGACAUGUAAAUCAAAGCAUGUUUUAUGAUAGGAUGAUUGUGGUUCAUGUACAUCUACAACUAAAACAUAUGGGCUCAGAGACUACAUGUACUUUAAUGUACAUGUAAAUAGAUUAUUAUUGUUCAUGUACAUGUAUGUUGAAGAAUGAAAUGAUUUGUUUAAUGUGACAGAGAUUUGCCAAAGACACAUCAAUGCAAAGUGUAAACAAUUUUUGGUUUAACAUGUAAAGGUAUUAUCUUUCUGAAAAACUUUUACACAAACAUAAGCUGCAUGUGGCAGUCUAGCUUGAACAUAAAUGAACAUACAUGUAGAUUAUUAUUAUAUGUUGAAGAAUGGAAUGAUUUGUUUAAUGUGACAGAGAUUUGCCAAACGUACAUCAAUGCAAAGUUGCAAACUGUAAACAAUUUUUAAUUUUUGGUUUAACAUGUAAAGGUAUUAUCUUUCUGAAAACUUUUACACAAACAUAAGCUGCAUGUGGCAGUCUAGCUUGAACAUGAAUGAAUGUGCUAUUAGUAGUUAAAUGAUA